GUGACGUCAGAGCAGUCACAAGACUCCAUUAGCAGCAGUUUAUCUAUUGCUCCUAAAGCUGCGUCUCUACUUAACUGACAGCAUGGACUCGGAUAAGCGGCAUCUACAGCUCCACGGCAGGAGUAGUCUGGGAGAAGAGUGAAUUUUGGAAAUAUUCCUCUGUACAUAUACUCUCAGAAACUGCGUUUAUUUUCUAACAACAAACGGCUUGGUCUACAUGCGUGCCUGGCGGCUGUUAACGGCGGCGUUGUCCGGUUGAAAAGCUCGCCGCUCGGCUCGUCAGCGGUCACCACCUUUUGCAGCUACUUAGCUUAGCUUUUGUAGGUUUAGUAGAGUCGACACUGCUGUAUUUGAACGCUGACGGUGAAGCUAAGCUAGCUCGACUGCUAGCUUGGCCGGUGUUUGUUGGCUAACAGCGGUUUUUGCUGUACUUGAGUGGGUGAUGUUGUCUGUGCUGUCAUACGGUAGACUGGUGGCCAGAGCUGUCCUCGGCGGACUCUCUCACACAGACGGCCGUGACUACAGCCUUGUGACAGCGAGCUGCGGCUUCGGCAAAGACUUCCGUAAAGGCAUUCUAAAGAAAGGAAUGUGUUACGGGGAUGAUGCCUGCUUCAUCGCACGACACAGAUCCGCCGAUGUUUUGGGUGUAGCUGAUGGAGUCGGAGGCUGGAGGGACUAUGGUGUUGACCCAUCACAGUUUUCAAGUACGCUCAUGAAGACAUGUGAAAGGCUGGUGAAGGAAGGACGCUUCAUUCCUAGCAAUCCUGUAGGGGUCUUGACGACCAGCUACUAUGAGCUGCUGCAGAACAAAGUGCCACUGCUUGGCAGUAGCACAGCCUGUAUAGUGGUCUUGGACCGACAAAGCCACCAGCUGCACACAGCCAACCUGGGAGAUUCAGGCUUCCUGGUGGUGCGGGGAGGGGAAGUGGUCCAUCGCUCAGACGAGCAGCAGCACUACUUCAACACCCCCUUCCAGCUAUCCAUUGCUCCUCCAGGAGCUGAGGGGGCCGUCCUCAGUGACAGCCCUGAUGCUGCAGACAGCUCUUCCUUUGAUGUCCAGCUGGGUGACAUCAUCCUCACUGCCACUGACGGACUCUUUGACAACAUGCCUGACUAUAUGAUUCUGCAGGAACUGAAGAAGCUCAAGAACACAAACUACGAGAGCAUGCAGAAGACGGCACGCAGCAUCGCAAAGCAGGCCCACGACCUGGCAUACGACCCAAACUACAUGUCACCUUUUGCACAGUUUGCCUGUGACAACGGGCUGAAUGUAAGAGGAGGAAAGCCGGAUGACAUCACAGUGCUGUUGUCCAUUGUAGCGGAGUACACAGAUUAAAGGCAACGGGUGGAGCUGUGACAGCGCCUGCCUCUAAAGGUGAUGAACUGUUGAAGUCCUGCUGGCCAGGAUAAAGAACUAAAGUGACAAGCUCUCCCUGCUAUGGCUGGUUCCACUCUGCCUCAGAACUCUUUUCAAAUAAGAGAGCUGCAGAUUGAAGAGGACAUGGGUCCAGAGAGACUCUUGGGCAGGCUGCAGCCUUAAAGUCCAUUAGUGAUGCAUAGGAAAUGGUAUUUUGGCUUUUUAAUAAACAUGCAAAGGAAUAUGUGUGUGGCAGAUCUGAAGCAUUGUGUGUGUAUAUAAGGGUGUGUGCAGAGAGAGUGUGUAAAUGUGAUGUUUUUGAUGAUGGUUAAAAAAUGUAGUGCAUUUCAUACAUCCAUUUGUAUAAAAUGGACAAAUGGCUUUGUCCAUUUUAUACAAGAGAAAUGGACAAAGCCAUGGUAGCAAAGUCUGGGAGAGUAAAUGUUUCUCUGGUUUUAGAAUUACUACUUUUUUUAAAAAAAACGUGACUGCAUGUAUGUCAGUGUGCAUGAAACGGAUGUAAAGGCUAUAGUUUCCAAAUCCACUGGGCUAUGUUGGUCUUGUGGCCAUAAAACGCACAAAACAUGUUUUUAAAAAGUGAGUGGUGGUCAUGUGACCAAAUAUAUUUUUAUAUUCUCUUUGUACAGUAUCCUAUUGUUGAACUUCUUUGACUGAGCUGUGUAACGGAGUAGUUUUUAAGGAUGUUGCUCACAAUCAAGAUUUUGUUUUUUAUCCCCUUUCUCUUCUCAAAGCUACAGUUAGAAAAACUAAAACAAUGUUCCUACUGGUUUGAGUUAAAAAAAAAAAAAAAGCUCUUUAUCACAGGGUUUAUUUUCUUUUAAACAAAAAAAGUCCGUUUUACCCUAACUUAUUGAAAAUGGGCCUUUUGUCUAGUGUUGGUACUGAGAGAUGCAGAUAAAAGUAGAGUACAAGUGUCAAAAGUUGUGUCCCAUGUCUUGGUCGACAGCCAGUGUUGGCUACAUACAGAAUGUCGGCCAGAACUGCCCAACUGCUGACAUUAAUGAAGCUCUGACCUAUAAUCAAGGCUGCAACCAAUAUUAACUGGUGAUGCAUAUCUUUGUAGGUUAAACAAUGACAUGUCCUUCAAAUGUAGGCAGCCCAUCUCAACUGCAGAUCAUGAAUUGGGACACAGCUAAACUGUUCAGGAGCCAUAAAAGAAAAAUUCCCCAUCAUUCCCUGUGCUUUUCUCUGAACAGUCUCCUCAAGUUAUUCUUGUGUGAUCAGUCAACAGCAUAGGAAUGGUAAUAAAGCCAUGUGAGACUUUGAACAUGUCACUGUGGGUCUUAACUUUGUACAAUCUGCACUGUUCAAUAACUAGAUGUGAUCAGUCCAUAUUGGAUGAGGUCAGUGUCAGACACCAGUCAGAAACUCAGCAAUGAAGGUGUCAGUUUUUAUCUUAUCUCAACACUGAAGACAAUCGGAACAGCCUUAAUGAUGCAGCCCAAGACGGUCUAAUUUAAGGACAUCUUUGUUGACACGAUGCUUUCUGUCCGACUUAAAUCUACUGUUAUCUUCACCAUCAUUUUCCUGUUUUGUUACACACAACCACAUCCUGGACUCCACAUCUACUCUCUAUGAAAAAACAUUCACCUGCCUGUACAAGACAUGAAUAAAGGGUAUAUUAUUUAUUA